CUUGCGAAUGAUUAUUUGAAAAAUACCUCACCAGAAUUGUGGAGUCUCAACGGCUUUGUCGAUUGGUGUAACUCGUGUGAUCUACUUAAGGGAGACAAAGCGAAAAUAUUGGACCAUAUAAAAAAAGGACUUGAGAAAGUCAAGAAUAAUGCACUCAUUCAAGAAGAUACGCGACAGAAGGCAACUAAAUUGUGUGAGGACUUUCAGACAUGGAAAUCAUCACAAACAACAACGAAAUAUUUCCAACAGCUUGAGAUUCGUUAUCGGACUGAACAGGAAUUGGAAGCUAUUGAAAGUCGGAAGACUAUUGAUUUCGCAGAAAUUGACCGUAUGAAGGUUUCUCAAUUACGGAGCAAUACAGAAUCAGUUACAAAGAUUCAUCAGUGUGUUUCUGAUGGUUUGGUAGAAUUUAGCAAAGAAAAUACAAUGCAAAAACGCACGUUAGAAUCUGAUCGUCGAAGUAAUUCUUAUAAAAAUCAAGAACCUUCAGCGUUGGAAGAUCUUAAAAAAUUAGAAAAUCCCAAAAAAAGACCAGCUGAUGAAGCUUUCACUAUUAUUACACCUCCUCCCAAUCUCCGCGAUUGUUCUCCCCCUCCAUCUUAUAAAAGUGGCGAUAAUUCUUUUACCACUGAAGCAUCAACUGAGGCCUCUCCCUCUUCAUCAAAUAGCUAUGACGAGUCGGAUACAGGGAUAUAUGAAGAUGUCGAUGAAAAUCCUUUUAUCACAAAGAAUGGAGAGGAAUCAAGGAACAAUAAGUUUAAUGAUCAUGACAAAUCUAAGAAAGAUAUAUAUUGUUCUGGCUUGACCCAAACAGAUGUUGAAAUCGAAGGUCUUGAUGAUGAUGGACAGAUGUCAGCAUCAGAUUAUGAACCAUUCCGUCAAAAAUAUAAUAGUAUGGAAACUUCAAAAAAAUGGUUAUUGAGUACUGGAAUUACUGUAGAAGACAAACUUUUUGAUUUUGGAUUAAAAUGUACCCGGGAACACCUUUCUCAUUCCUUUAUAUUAGAUCCAGAUGAUGAAAACUAUUUGAAAGAAGGUAUUUUUACGGAAAGUGAACUUGCUGAGAUUCGAAAUUUUCAAACAAAACCAUUCCCAAUAAUGUCUAAAGAACUUUUGACAUACCUUAACAGUUUUCGUCCAAGAACAACUGCCGAACUUAGACGAUUGGUUUUUCGACAAGAAGCUAUGGAUCAAAAUUUCGAUCGGCAGAAAGAUUUUGAUCGUGAUUGGAUAAGAAACACUGUUUAUAAUUUAUUACGGGAAUAUGAGGCAAACAGUCUUAAGAAGGAUCACUUGGAGUUGUGGUUAUUAUUACACAUCUGGGGCUUUAUUGAUAAAGCAUUUGAAAAUUUGGAAGAUGUAGAGGCUGUAAGAGGCGAAUCUUGUAGUUUUGCAUCAUCUGAAAGAAAAAAUAAAAAGCGAACUGUUUCUGCUUUAAUAAAAAUCAAAAGGAAGAUAUUAGGUCGAAAAGGAGAUCUAAUAAUUCGUAAAAUCUUUUUGGAAUACGGAUGUUCCGAAGCUGGAAUGUUUUAUAAAGGAAAAAAUGACACCAAAUUAUUGCGAGAAAGGGGUCUAAAAACUCCUAAAAUGAUGAAGGAUAUGUUUUAUCAUCUUUGUGAAUCUGUUGAUUGGGUUGAACAAAAGAUUCGGAAAAUGGAAACAAUUGGGUUCUUGCAUGCAGGGCUUAUGAUGAUGAUGCUAAGGCUCGAUUCUCCUUCUGGAUAUAUAUGUAGAAUCUCACGUUCAAAAUCUCUUAACAUCCCAUCACAAGUUGAAGAGUUUGGUGCAAAGGCACUUCCUUGUAUUUUAUUAGCAUGGAUGGCAAAAACAAUUGUUGCAAAUGUGAUUCGCUUAGUCGAACAGGAAGAUGAGAACAAUGUUAAUGAGGAGGAUCAGUUACAACAAUUACUGAACUCAUGUGAAGCUUCAAACAUAAUAUCCUCAUUAUUACCAAAGCGAGCAGAGACACACUUGUCACAUUUUCCAGGAAAUUCAAAUACACCUGAAAAAAAGCAAAGAGCUUUGUUAUUUGGUUUGGAUAAACUAGGACCACCAAUUCCUUUCAAAUUAAUGCAAAAAAAG